AGCUGCCAGAUUCAUCUCUCAGUUGCAGCGCAGUGGACUACGGAUGAAAGUGCGUGUGUGUGAGUUCUAUCGGGAAGAGACCAGAAUAACUCGCCAGUGCAAACUACUCGGCUGUGAAGUGCAAUUUGGAUUUGAUGUACAACAUGACAUUUGAAGAACUAAGUGGGGACUUUUCUCAAGAAAGAAUGGAUUCAGUGGCGAAAGCUUUGGAAGAAGUCCUCACCUCCGCGUUGCCGCAAGGCAGCAUCACCAUCGGAGUGUACGAGGCUGCCAAAUCCCUCAACGUGGACCCCGACAAUGUGGUUUUGUGCAUCUUGGCCACCGAUGACGAAGAUGUGAAAGAUGUGGCCCUGCAGAUCCACUUCACCCUCAUUCAAGCUUUCUGCUGCGAGAACGACAUCAACAUCCUGAGAGUGAACAACACGCAGCGCCUGGCAGAGAUCCUGGGGGGGGCAGCAGGAGGAAAGCAGAGCGGGGGGGAACCCAUGGACCUGCACUGCGUCCUGGUCACUAGCCCACAUUCCACGUCAUGGAAGGACCCAGCUUUGAGCAAAGUGAACCGGUUCUGCAGAGAAAGCCGGUGUAUGGACCAGUGGGUACCCAUCAUCAACCUGCCCGAGCGAUGAACUUUAAUCUGCAAAAAACCUGUGAAAGGACUUGUAUCUGCAAAGUUAGAGUGGUGUGAACCCCGGUGGACACUUGACCACCCAGAGAUCAAAAUUCCAAAGCACUGCUUAUGGGGAAAGAAAUAUUUGGAGGUAAAGGAAGACCCCGCUGUCUACCUGGGAUCUAUUUAAAGAAGGGGAAACGAGAGGCAUGGGAUGGAUUUCCACUUGGGACGGGACUGUCUGUUGCAUCUGUCAGCCAAGAGGAGAUGGCGAGGCUCUCCACCUCGUCAUGGGGUGGAAAUUAAAAAAAAAAAAAAAAAAAAAGAAGCACGUGAUGCCGGACACUCUACAGAAGGAUUAUAUCAUGUAUGUUUGGUAAAGCCUCUGUGAGGAGUCAGAUAAGUGGGGAGAAACCAGAAAUUGGAACUGUUGAGUGGACCAAAGCCUCGGCCUCUCUGUGCAGAAACAAGGCACUUGUUGAGACACUGGACCUUUUGCAAUUUUACCUAUUUGAUUAAAGUUCUUAAUGUUGACGUUGCUAUUGUCAAAAUUUCAAAAGGGAAGGGUUAUAUCCAGUGAAGACAUUCUGUGUAUUUAGUGUUCUCUAUGCCAGCUGUUUUUUCUUGCCACAAGUAAGAUAAUACAUUUGUUACCAUUUAAGUUAUUCCUAAUGAUAUUUAAGUGUAUUUAUGUAUUUUUUUUUUUACCUUAAAUAUUUGCAAAAUCCGAAUACAUCUGUAUUGCUGUCAAUAAAAAGUUUUUUUUUUU